UUCACUAUCCGAACGCACAAAAACACAAAGAGUAAUCGAACAAAAACAAAACAUCAUCGAGGACAUUCCUUUGUUCAUUUUAGCAGAUAUCUUUUAGCUGCCGUAUUAACUUCUUCUUAUUGUUAUUCUUACCACUAAUAUAUUCGACUGAAGACGACAAAGGAGAAGAACAGCAGCCACAUGGAGCAGGGAGUAAUUGAAGAACUGAUUCACUUGCAGCUGCCCGAAAUGGAAGUUGCCAACGUUGUCAAUGUGCGUGACGGCAACGGCAACGGCAACGACAUCGAUGGCGGCAACGAAGUGUGGGCCCAGCACCAGCUGGAUAAUGUAAAUAAUCGCCAAAUGGCCAUCUUGCUGGAUGCGCCACCAGAGCCGCCAAUUGUGCUGCACCAGUUGCCGCAACCGGUGAACGUGCCGCAACGACUGCGCAAGAAACGCUGCUUUUGGACAAUCACAAAGCACUUUCAUGCGCAGCCGGAGAGGUGCGCUCUCCUGUCGAAUGCCUGGCAAGCCGUGCAAUAUGUCCAGCCGGCGCAGCGCAGCGAACACUUUGCCAAUUAUAUGUACAAGCAUAUGAAUAGUCGAAACUAUCCAAAUGGUGAAGGAUUGCCGAAUCGCUGGGGUCACUUCUGAGUUGUUUGCAUAUAAGCAGAGAUAAAGACAGACACUGAGACAACUAGAUUAAAUGUUUAUAAGCCCAAAUACAACUGACCAAUGUGUAA